CCUGAGUUCGGUUAGAGACGGAGUCGUGCGCGCGCACUCACGAGGAGCGCGUGGAGAAGAGGAUGCGAGGCAGAGAGCAGUAGAGAGGUAGAAAGACAGACAGACAGACAGAGGGAGAGAGAGAGAGAGGAUGGCAGUUAUCAUGGGUCCUCGCGCUCGGCUGUUUCUUCUUUAAUCAGACUAAGACUUUAUAAUUUUUUUUAUUAUUGUUGCUUUAUCAGUGAUAUUAUCAGGCCUCCCGUGCAGUGCUCGUGCUUCUCCGGCGCUCGCGAUGCUGUGGAGAGCGGCGCUCGCGCUCGGGCUCGUGCUGCUCCUGCUCCCGCACACGGAGCCCCGCGCGCCGCUGGACUUCGGCCUCGUGCCCGGAGGAGUGUAUGACACGGUAGCGCAUUACGAACCGGGACCCAUCGGGCUCCUCUUCAACAUGGUGCACGCCUUCCUGCACGUGGUCCAGCCCAACCCUUUCCCUGAAGAUCUCGUCAUCCGGGUGGCGAAGGAUAAAUUCGGAGCCAUCAAGUCCGAGUACCAGAAGCCAGAGAACAUUGUUCUGACACUGCAGGUGAUUUACUAUGAGAUCGGGUUUGUGGUGUGUGCGGCACUGGGGCUGCUGUUUGCGGUUCUGCUGCCGAUCGUGGGCCUGCUGUUCUGCAUGUGCCGCUGCUGCGAUAACUGUGGAGGGGAGAUGCACCAGAGACAGAGGAAGAACGCAGACUGCCAGAGAGGACUGCUCACCACACUCCUCCUCACCACCACCUUCAUCAUCACGGCUGGAGUCCUGUGUGCAUACGCAGCCAAUCAGCACCUGAGCUCUCAGCUGAAGAACAUGAGGAGGCUGGUAAACAGUAACCUGAGGGAUUUACACACCUUCGCCAACGAUACGCCAGCGCAAAUCGAUUAUCUAAUAUCUCAGUAUGGAACUGCCAAGGAGCAAGUGCUCUGUGACCUGGACAAUGUAGGUGUGUUGUUGGGUGGAAAGAUACAUGACGAGCUGGGGAAAGAGGUGCGACCUGCUCUCGACGGAGUGCUGAAUAUGGCUGGAGUCAAAGUGGAGAAAGCCAUGAAAGUGAUGAGGGACACUAAGGAGGCUCUGGAGAACGUGAGCGUGACGUUGGAGACUCUGCAGGAGGGCACAGGAAAGCUGCAGUUUAACCUGAGCGUGGUGCGAGCAGGCCUCAGCAACGCCCUCAGUGACCCGGCCUGUGCAGAUGCCCUGUCAGUCACUGGAGACAUCUGCCAAAACAUCCGCAGCUCCCUCGCCCAGCUCGAGAUUAGCGCCAACUACUCAAGGCUUCCUGGUGUGACCAACCAGCUGAACAAAGUAAAUGAUGUUCUAAGGACUGACCUCAGCCUCAGUGUUCAGAAGGGGCUUGUGGCUUUCAAUGACACACCAACCAUGGUCACAGAGCAGACCAGGAACGUAGCAGAAGGAGUCAGAAACUUGCUGGAUGGCAUCGGCAAGAACAUCAGCAGUUUCUCCAAGCAGUUCCCAAUCCAGAGUUCCCUGAACAACUUCACUGUGAUGAUCAGUCACACACACUCACGCAUUGAGGAUUACUACCCUGAGAUCGACCAGAUAGACUUCUACAGGUGGAUCUGUUGCAUUGCUCUGUGCUGCAUGGUCGUACUCAUCUUAGCCUUUAAUUUCCUGGGCCUGCUGUGUGGAAUCCUUGGAUUUGACCGCCACGCCUCUCCCACUACCCGCGGCUGCGUGUCUAACACUGGAGGGAAUCUGCUGAUGGCCGGGGUGGGCUUCAGCUUCCUGUUCUCCUGGCUGCUCAUGGGAGUGGUGACGGCCACGUUUUUGGUGGGGGGUAAUGUGGAGAAGCUGGUGUGUGAGCCUUUCUCCUCCAGACAGCUGUUCAAGGUGCUGGACACCCCACACCUGGUGAAUCCUACAUGGAGGAACUUCAUCCCUGGCUACCUGUAUAAUGAUCCUGAUAUGGACCUCACAGUGGAAAACCUGUACAGUAACUGUAAGGAGAACAGGGGGAUUUAUUCUGCCCUUCACCUGGAUAAGGUGUUCAAUGUCUCAGCCUUGCUGAACACCAGUGUGUACACUAAAGAAGUGUCCCAGAAGUUUGAGGGUGUGAGAGUUGAUCUGAGGUCCAUCAUCCUGCUGGAUGCUGAGGGCAAACAGAACCUCAUCAGCUUCACUGAAACUGGGAUUGGAGAGAUCAACUUUGCUGCAUAUCUUGAGGAGCUCAAUAAAGGAGUGACCCGUGUUGAUCUACUCUCAUAUGCCAACAACCUCGAUGCUCAGGCUGACCAGCUGUCUAGAGGAUCAUUACAGACCUCAUUAAAAGGCCACGCCAACACACUCCGACAGAUCCACUCCCAUCAAGUUCUCUCACUUCAGCAGUCUAUGAAAUAUGUUAGAGCAAGGAAUACUCUGAACCAGAGCAUCAGGUUUCUGGAGAGGACAGCAUCAGAUCUAUCAAACAAAGUUUCAGAAGUAGUUGCAGCCGUCGAUGCUGCACAGUUCCUCAUUUCCCAGAAUGCAACGUUUGUUGUUAAUCAGGAAACCGAGAAAUACAAGCAGACCAUCAUUGGAUACUUCAGACAGUAUCUAGACUGGAUCAAGACAUCUCUGGAUAUGGAGGUGGCCACCUGCAAGCCUCUCAGUAACAUCAUGGACACUGCGGAUAUCCUGGCCUGCAGCUUCCUCAUGGAUUCAAUGAACACGUUCUGGUUCGGUCUGGGGUGCUCUACUCUGUUUUUGCUUCCCAGCAUCAUUCUGUCUGUAAGACUGGCCAAGUUCUACCGCAGAAUGGACACAGAGGAUGUCUAUGACGACAUUGAGACAAUUCCCAUGAAAACUAUGGAAAUUGGUAAUAAUGGUUAUUAUAAUGAACAUUUACAAGGUAUCCAAAACCCUGUAAUCACAAGCAUCCCAACCUAUGACACUAUGACUCGAUUCCCACGGGCCUCCGCUCCCCCUCGCCAAGCUGACUGGUGACACCAACGAGGAGCUUUUGGUUUUUUCUCAAUACUCUAGAAAGCUCUCUCGGGACAUGGAACUGAAACUCUCUGGACUACUACUGCCCACCGGAUGAACAGCAGGCACAGUUCAGAGGGGGGACAGAAUCAGACGAGGAUGCCCAGCUUCCUACAGGGCCAAGAAAUGAGCUCCAUCUUCACUUUACACUGUAUAUUCACAUACUGACUGAACUGUUACACUCUUUUUAUCACAUUGUCUUGCUAUGAAGACCCUUGCCUCACGGACGUUUUCUCUAUGAGGCCUUUUUUCACGUUUCACAUCACAUCAAGGAAAUGCUACAUCGUCACAGCACUGUUGUAUCAGUCACAGAGUCAGGGAGGCCUCAGCGUUUAGCUACUGUACGUGUCUUUGUUUACAGUCAUUGAAAGGUCACUUUGGGGCAGACAUAACAUUUUAACUGCUGCAUUUCUCUCAGAACACUUUUUUAGUCUUCUUUUUUUAUUUUUGAUUUAAAAGGUACACUGUCUGGAAUUUACGUCUUGAACUUGGUUUGGGGUCUGUCUGAGAGAUGAGCAAGUUUUUUUGUUUGCUUUUUUUUUCUUGUGUGUGAGGCAGUAAAACAUGAAUCUGCAGACCACAUAUUUGAGUGACCAUGCCAUCUAAAAGGCCAAUGUUCGGUGAGCCACAUCACAACAUCAUAUGAAACAUUCACUGUAUUGAAUAUGAAUUUAUAAGCUACAAGUGCUUGCCUGUGCGCCAGCACUAUGAUGAUAAUGCAUUGUGGGAUUGUUGUCAAGCCGUUUUGAGGCUGAAUUAAUUGUUGCCUUUUACAAUUUUUUGGUCCCAAUUUGUACUGUAAUAACUGUGUUAUUACACAUUAGUAAUUCAUGCAACAACAAUGUAACUAGUGGUGAUGUAUAUACUAUUACAAAUGAAUUACAUUUGUACAGCUUGUGUAAAUACUAUACAUGUCCAUGUGUGUGGACUCCCCACUGAUGAAUGCAUUCAGCUCCUUAUUUAAGACACUUUAUGCACACACACUUUAUAUAGCCUAUUGCCCUAUCUGGAUAGGAUUAGUUUCUCAGGGGGACGUCUGUGAAAAAGAAAUUCACACUUCUACUCAGUGAUAAAACUCUUGCAUCUGGACUGCAAUUGAAAAAACAGGGAGGAACACUGAGUUUUUUGGCUUUCUCGGUCACAUGACAUAAAAAGCUCCUCCAUUUCAAUUUGCUGUUGUGUUUACGUGGCUCUCCAAGCACCCAAAGUCUAAUUAUGGUGCAUGGCAGUGAACAAAUAGCUAUUUUAUUAAACGUGAGGUGACAAAACUCAGAGAUGUGCAUCUGGACGGGAUUAAAAUUACCGGAGGACCACGAAGUUCAGCGAAAAACAGUAGGUAAAUUAGCCUCUAAUUUUCUCAGAGGCAUCUGACAAAAACACAUACAUGAUCUUUCCAGACAGGAAUAAAAUCACAGAGAACCUCCCAUAAAAGAGAGAAUUACCCUAGGACCCCCUGAGAAAUGAAUCCCGUCUGAAUAGGGCUUAUUUUCCCUUUAGAGAAAUACUGCCAAUGGAAUAUGACUCUAGAGGUGAUAAACAUUGCAUCACGCUUAAUUCCAGGCAUGGACUUGAGGGGUAAAAACCCACCACCACCCAACACUGAGACCACUAUAAAAUAUAUAAUUCUGGGUUGAGGAGGGCUGUUGUUCGUCUCAGAUCCUCACAGCAAAGCUCCUAAAUCUCGUAAAAUACAGUGUAUAUUAAGAUACCCUCUACAUAAUUGCAUGAGAAGAAACUGUAACUGUACAAGUUGUAAUGCAGCUGUAACAGAAAAAUACAUGAUCUGUAGUUACAUCGUUAUUACAUUGGUUAUUACACUGUUAAUGUGUAACUACACAACUGUUAUAUACACAUAUAAUAGAAAGUGGAAAAAAAUUAUUGUUUUUUUCCUUAGUCUCUGGUGCUGUGGUACUGCACGCAGUAAAAGAGAAUAUAAUUGUAAAUGCUCCGAAAAAUUGUUAAUCCCAGAGAAAGCCAGCAGAGUUUGUUGCUAAACUCUGGAUCAGGACCAUCUAUUACUGGGUGUUUUUCGAAGUGUUCCAGACACGAUUUUAACUCGUAGCAGUAACAUCUCUAACUGGUUGGGUGAAUAGGAUUAUUGGCAAUGUGUUGGCAGUGUAAUUUAGUUUACAUUAAAUAUUAGCCAUUUUUUAUGCUGCCGUUCUUAUGAUACUAACUGCAAACUUGUCAACUUGAGCUCGUAACUUUUAUGUUUGGAUCACUGUAGGCAUAGUCAUAUACUGUUACUCUCCCAAGAAGAACCUGCUCUUUGACGCCAAAAUCUUUUUUGAAUUUUUUUGAUGUAGGUCUCAGGUCUUAGUGUUUUUGUUUUUUGCUUGUUUUUUUUUUUAGCUUGUUACAAAUAUUAUGAGUAGAUAUUUAAAAUGACUUUCACUGAUAAACUAUCAACAUAAGUGAAUGUAAAAUAUCUCAAACAAAAUAUUUGUAUUUCUUUUUUUUUUUUUUUUUUUGAAUAAAUGAGGAUCCAGAAGCAAAUUCAUAUAAAAAAAAAUCAUAUUGCUUUUUCUCAACAUUUUACUUGAAGACUACAACAAUUCCUACUUAAUACUGUCAUAGCAUAUCAUCAUUGUUACAUCACCAAAUAUCUCUACUUCAUUUCUAGACCUUUGAUAAUGUUCCUGUCAUUAUUGAUAUCAGGUGCUAGAUUUUUUUUAUUACAAUGCCUCCUCAUGUGUUAAAUCAUCACUUGACGACUAUAUGACAGUGUUCUGCAGGAUAUAAUGGUCUACCUGUUUUUUACUCUUCUUCACUUCAGUUCCCUGAGGCUCCCUGCCUCCAUUCUGCUGUUGCCUGUGGUUUUGGUGUAUCAUGCACUGUUCUUCCUCACCAGGUUCAGUGGUAGUACACCUGGUGGUAUCUUUACGCUUGCUCAAAGACAUUCCGCUAAAGUUCUGUGGCAUUUAGCAGUCGUGGGGGCUGGUUGUCAGUGCGGCUGGUUUUCAAGUCCAAGUGGUUAGGCUGGCUAAACUGUAAAAUAUUGUGAAUAAAAUUCAAAUGAUAUUA